UCAGGAACGUUAACGAAGAGAAAAAGGAGUGGUGUCCCUUUAAGUCCUCGCUAGUCUGUCGCGCUGUGUGAAUGGUCCUCGGUCUUCCCAUCGUUUCUCUGGUUGUUGUUGUUUUCAUAAUCAUUCUUUAGGGUCAUGGCUGCUCAUUCCAACGAAGAACCGUUCCCUUUCCACGGGUUGCUGCCCAAAAAAGAGACCGGUGCCGCGUCUUUUCUCACCCGGAACCCAGAGUACGAUGGUCGAGGCGUCCUCAUCGCAAUACUCGAUACCGGCGUGGACCCGGGAGCGCCGGGACUGCAGACUACCACAGACGGCAAGCCCAAGAUUGUGGACAUCAUCGACACGACAGGAAGUGGGGACGUGAACAUGGCCACCGUGGUGGAGCCGAAGGAGGGCUCGGUGGUGGGCCUCUCCGGCAGGACGCUCAAUAUCCCGACCGCAUGGAUCAAUCCGUCAGGGAAGUAUCACAUUGGGGUCAAAAAUGGCUACGAGUUUUUCCCCAAGGCUUUGAGGGAAAGACUACAGAAAGAGCGCAAGGAGAAGAUUUGGGACCCUGCCCACAGAGCAGUGGUGGCAGAGGCCUGCCGGAAGGCUGAGGAGUUUGAGAGCGCACAUCCCUCCCCCUCUCAGGCAGAGAAGCUGUGGAAGGAGGAGCUGCAGAGCCACACAGAGCUGCUGGCGUCUCUGGAGAAGAAGUACAGCGAUCCUGGGCCGGUGUACGACUGCGUGCUGUGGCAUGACGGGGUCACCUGGAGGGCCGUGGUGGACACCUCAGAGUGUGGAGACCUGGCAUCUUGCACUGUGCUCAGCUCCUUCAGAGAGAGACAGGAGUUUGCCUCUCUGGGAAACUCUGAGAUGCUCAACUACUCUGUCAACAUCUACGAUGAAGGAAACACUCUGUGUAUCGUCACCAGUGGAGGCGCUCACGGGACGCAUGUGGCCAGCAUCGCGGCGGGACACUUCCCCGAGGAGCCCGAGCGCAACGGCAUCGCCCCCGGGGCCCAGAUCCUGGCCCUCAAGAUCGGGGACACCCGCCUCAGCACCAUGGAGACCGGGACGGGCCUGAUUCGAGCGAUGAUAGAGGUCAUUAACUACAAGUGCGACCUUGUGAACUACAGCUACGGGGAGGCCACACACUGGCCCAACUCAGGGAGGAUCUGUGAGGUGAUCAGCGACGCUGUGCAGAAGCACAAUGUGAUCUACGUGUCCAGCGCGGGGAAUAACGGGCCCUGCCUCUCCACUGUGGGCUGUCCCGGGGGAACCACCAGCAGCGUGAUAGGCGUGGGGGCCUAUGUAACUCCAGACAUGAUGGUAGCGGAGUACUCCCUGAGGGAGAAGCUUCCGGCGAACCAGUACACCUGGUCGUCCCGGGGCCCCAGCACAGACGGGGCGCUGGGGGUGAGCAUCAGCGCUCCGGGGGGCGCCAUCGCCUCCGUGCCCAACUGGACCCUGCGCGGGACCCAGCUGAUGAACGGCACCUCCAUGUCCUCCCCCAACGCCUGCGGGGGCAUCGCGCUGCUGCUCUCAGGACUGAAACGCGACGGUAUUCGCCCCACCGUUCACGCUGUCCGCCGGGCUCUGGAGAACACGGCCGCCAAAGUGGGAGACAUCGAGGUGUUCGCUCAGGGGCACGGAAUCAUUCAGGUGGAUCGGGCGUUUGACUACCUCACGCAACAUGCUCCGCUGCCCACCAGUAAUCUGGGCUUCGCCGUUACCGUGGGAACGCAGCGUGGCAUCUACCUCAGGGAUCCGGUCCACGUCUCCUCUCCCUCCGACCACGCUGUGGGCAUCGAGCCCAUCUUCCCCGAGAACACGGAGAAUUCAGAGAGAAUCUCGCUCCAGCUGCACCUGGCUCUCACCUGUAGCGCCUCCUGGGUGCACUGCCCCUCCUACCUGGAGCUCAUGAACCAGUGUCGCCAUGUCAACGUGCGAGUCGACCCCCAUGGGCUGCGGGAAGGGUUACACUACACUGAGAUUUGUGGUUAUGAUACUACAUCUUCCAGCUCAGGCCCACUCUUCAGGGUUCCCAUUACGGUUAUAAUACCUGCAAAGGUCGUAGAGGACAGUAAUCAGGAGGUCUCCUUCACGGAUGUCCAUUUCAAACCCGGUCAGAUUCGACGCCAUUUCAUCUCCGUCCCUCAGGGAGCGUCCUGGGCAGAGGUCACCCUCACCUCUCACUCGGGCGACGUGUCCUCCAAGUUCGUCCUGCACGCCGUCCACCUGGUGAAGCAGCGGGCGUACCGAGCCAACGAGUUCUACAAGUUCUCCUCGCUCCCGGAGAAGGGCGCGCUGACGGAGGCCUUCCCCGUGCUGCCAGGGCGGACGGUGGAGUUCUGCAUCGCCCGGUGGUGGGCCAGUCUGGGUGAUGUCAUCAUCGACUACUGCAUCUCCUUCCACGGGCUGUCCGUCUCCCCCUCCCCCCUGCACAUUCACGCGGCAGAAAUCAUCUCCAGCUUCGAAGUGCUGUCUCCCCUGAAGUACGAAGACAUCUCACCCAGCAUCACGCUCAAGACCUGGGUUCAGCCGUUAAGGCCCAUCAGUGCAAAGACUAAAGCUCUCGGUCUGCGGGACGUCCUACCCAACAAUAGGCAGCUUUACGAGAUUGUCCUCACAUACAACUUCCACCAGCCUAAGAGCGGUGAAGUGACUCCAAGCUGCCCUCUCCUCUGUGAGCUGCUCUACGAGGCCGAGUUUGACAGCCAGCUCUGGCUUCUGUUCGACCACAACAAGAGAUUGCUGGGCUCUGGUGAUGCCUACCCACAUCAGUACUCUCUGAAGCUGGAGAAGGGCGACUACACGGUGCGCCUGCAGGUGCGGCACGAGCAGGCGAGUGAGCUGGAGCGGCUGAAGGAUCUGCCGUUCAUCGUGUCUCACCGCCUGUCCUCCACGCUCAGCCUGGACAUCUAUGAGACGCACAAGAACGCCCUGCUGGCCAAAAAGAAGGCCAACUCUGUCACCCUGCCCCCCAGCUGCUCCCAGCCCUUCUACAUCACCGCCCUGCCUGACGACAAAAUUCCUAAAGGGACUUCUCCUGGCUGCUACCUGACGGGGUCGCUGGUGGUGUCCAAGAGUGAAUAUGGGAAGAAAGCUGGCCAGGCCUCAGCAAAACGGCAAGGAAAAUUUAAAAAGGAUGUUGUGCCUGUCUUCUACCACCUGAUCCCUGCACCCAACAAGCCCAAGAAUGGAGGGAAAGAGAAAGAGAAGGAUGGGGAAAAGGAAAAAGACGUGAAAGAGGAGUUUGCUGAUGCACUGAGAGACCUGAAGAUUCAGUGGAUGACAAAGUUAGACACCAGCUGUGUCUACGAUGAGCUGAAAGAGAACUUCUCCUCCCACCUGCCUCUGCAUGUGACACGGCUCCACCAGCUGGACUCUGAGAAGGAACGUCUGAAGCGCCUGGGCGAGAUCGCGGCGGCCGCGGACAUCGUGAUCUCUCACAUCGACCAGACGGCCCUCGCCGUGUUCCUCUCCAUGAAGACCGACCCCCGGCCGGACGCCGCCACCAUCAAGAGUGACAUGGAGAAGCAGAAGUCCUCCCUGCUGGACGCUCUCUGCAGGAAAGGCUGUGCGCUGGCUGACCAGCUCCUUCAGCUGAGCCUGCAGGACGGAGCCAGCGCGGGCGAGGUGGGCAGCUCUGACGAUGACCCAGAGGGCGUGGCCAAGACCCUGACUGACACCUUCUGGGAGGUGCAGAAGUGGGCGGAGCUCACCGAUUCUAAGGUCUUAACAUUUUCAUAUAAACAUGCGCUCGUCAAUAAAAUGUACGGAAGGGCCCUGAAGUAUGCAUCCAAGAUUGUGGAGGACAAGCCCAGCAAAGAGAACUGGAAAAACUGCACUCAGUUAAUGAAGUCUCUCGGCUGGACACACUGCGCCACCUUCGCUGAGAACUGGCUCCCGGUCAUGUACCCCACAGACUACACUCCCUUUUGAGCAGCGCGGUGCUGCGCAAAAAAACAUGCCAAGCAAGCAAACAACAUGCAACAACAACACAAACACACAACGCACAGCACGGAACGACCGGACAGCCCACAGAGGGACGUCACAUCCCAACAGUAUCGCAAGACCGCCAGAACGAAUUACAGCGUGGAGUUACAAACGUCAACUCUUCCUUUUAUCCCUGAACCCUGUGGAGAGAGUCUCUCCCUCCCCAUCUCCCUCUCUUUCUCUCCCUUUCUGACACGCACACAAACGCAGGCAUCCUUUAUCUCUGAGCCCAGAGUCUCUCUCACACACACACACACACACACACACACACACACACACUGUUCCUUUUCCUGGGCUGCUUUUUGCCACUCUCUGUCGAGCUCCUGAUUUGUCAGCUGGGGUUCAUCCAGAGGCUUUAGGCCCAGCCAUGUCCAAUCGCCACUCGGAGUGUUGCUGGAUACCAUCAGAGAUGGGUUCGCAUGAAUGAAAAGCUCAUUUUACCCUGAUUUCAGAAGCAUUGUCCGGGACUUACUAAAAACAAACCAACCACUAAUACAUUUUCUAUUGACUUCCUCCCACUCUGGUCUUGGUGAUCAACUCCUGUGUACCAAUGUACAAACAUGCGUUGUUAAAUCUAUAACUGUUCAGGGGCAACACAUCUGUUCUUAUUUUCUCUUUGUGUAUCAUUGUGGCAUGUUGAAAGGAGUUUGGAAGCAUACAGCUUUUUAUUUAAAAUUCUGUUGGAAAUUAAAAUAGGUUCUCUCAUCUAUCCCCACAGCAUAAAUGGCCAAGUUUAAUAAUGUUGACCUGGCCUGCUUGGAAUGGCCCUUUGUUGUUCUUGAUCUUUUGCUUGUUUUCAUAUCUAGUAUUCAGUGCAUAAUCACAACCAUUUUGCCAAAAUAGAACGUUUUUGGUUUAAAGGGAAGGUGUCUUUGUAAAUGUGGGAAUGAGAAAGUUUACAGUAUGCCCAACUUAGAUGAGUUUAAGGAAAAUUAUUGCUGAAGUAGUAAGUGCAGACUUUUGGGAUUGCUACCGGUUUCGUGUUGUCUUAAUCUGACCGUAAAGUCGCUAGAAUAGUUAAUUUUAGGCAUGGAUAGCAGGUGUGUGAAAGACCUGGACUGUAUUAGUAUCUAACCGAAUCAGAAUCUUUGUUCAAACAUGAAUGUAAUGCUUCCGGAUGGAAUCGGUUGUAAUUCUAGAGCUUCAGAAGGCUGAGGCCUUUAAUGAAGUGAACGGUUCUAUUGCAGAGGACACAUGGAACUGUGGGCCUGUCUGAUGGUUCUCUUCUGUCUUACCCGGUCCUGUUAAAAUCGAAGCACCAGGCUGGGCAUAGUCCUGAGCCCGAAGGGCUUGGCUGAACAGUUGUCAUGUUUCUGAAGCCUCUUGUGUUCUGUUAAUAAAGUGUCCCUUCGUUUUCAGUAAACAUAAUUUAAAUGGCCUUAACCAUUCAGCUGUUUCUGCCCGGAGCCCGAGACCCAUUCAUAUCACAAACGUAUUUUGUUAGUCGUUUAUCUAAUAGAUAAUGUAUUUAUGGACUCCUUUUAUUUAUGAAAGCAAACCGUUACAGCCAAUAUUUAUAAAAAAAACAAAAAACAUUUUGAUUAUUUUAUAACCAUUAUCCCUCAGCAACAUAAGAACUACAAACAAGAUAUUUUAACACAGUAUAUGUAUACAAUUGUCAUAAAUAGGAAAAUAAUUCUGAAUAAAAUUAAAUGAAAAUGGAAA